UUUGAGUUGCUCGUCCUCUCCCCACUUUCUAUCACGCAAUUCCUAUCUCGCAGUCGUCGCCGCUCCCCGGCCGGGACCCAGCAGAGCAGAGCAGGCAGUGUCGGCGCAGCAUGGGGAACUGCCAGGCGGCGGAGGCGGCGACGGUGCUGCUCCAGCACCCGGGCGGGCGGGUGGAGCGGCUCUACUGGUCAACCAGCGCCGCCGAGGUCAUGCGCGCCAACCCAGGCCACUACGUCGCGCUCGUCACGCUCCGCGUCGCCGAGGAGCGGCAGGACGCCCCCGGCGGCGAGCGGCGCACCGUGCGCCUCACGCGCGUCAAGCUGCUCAAGCCCAAGGAGGCGCUGCUCCUCGGCCACGUCUACCGCCUCAUCACCACCCAGGAGGUGGCGAGGGCGGUGCGGGCGAGGAAGGAGGAGAAGCAGAGGAAAGCGCAGCAGCUGCUUGAGUCGAGGCAGGGUGUCGCGAGGGGCGCGGCCGAGGGGGAGGACGACGACGACGAGGCAGCCCUGGACGCCAGCCUUGAUCAGGUGACUCAACUGCUUUUUGAUCGCUUCUUCAAGGGCGUAUCAGUUGUUCAGCUUCUCGUGACUAUCCUCAUCACCUGUUCUUGUCACUGAAGAAAAAAAUCUGACACAAUGGAGAAUCAACAAGUAAACAACUAAAAUUUUCCAAUUACAUCCAAUUCAUGUAGCGAACAAGCUCUUAAGGGGUAGUUUGAGAAUCACAUUAUUCUAGAGAUUUCCAUUUUCUCAAAUAAAAAUUAGUUUAUUUUUCUUGGAAAAAUAAAAAUCCUUUAAAAGCAGAGUUUCCAAACUAGACUUAGUAAACAAAAUAUCACAAAUUCAAUAUUCCAGGUGAAAUGCAAACAAGAAGAUCGAAGUAUUUUUUUUUCAAGAAAAAAAACGUGUAACUAACUAACUAACUGAUGGCUGAUGGUGCUAUAGCCUAUAGUAGCACCGAGAAGGAAGUACACCAUUAGAUUAGGGGAUAGAUUAGUAGGUGAGUUUCAACUGAUGUCAGGGCCGGGCGAGGAAUCUUUUCCUUUUCCUACGGAUUUUACUAACCAUGGAACAUGCAAAGGUUCCUUCUUCUCAUCACUCUUCUGUUCUCCCUCCAUCUGACUGCAGUUGGCGCGUCAGGACAACAGCAGCCGGAGCUCCAGUGCAGGGCAACGGCAGUGGCGGCCGUCGCUGCAGAGCAUCGAAGAGGCCACGACCUGAUGUCAGCUCAGCUCAGUACACUCAUACCACGCAACCGUAGGGGUAGGGCCGUAAUCACUGACCGCUGGACCUGUAUCUUCUCGGUGAUUCACCUGGCCUCGAUUAGUUCAUCGCAGGGGGUUGCUAUUGGCUUACUCCUACAUUUGCACGCUGUGAGUUUGACACCCUGGGACGAGAGGACUACUUCAGAUGCAGUAUGUAGCCUCUGGAUCCGUGUAAAUUUUCAGGCCCUUGGUCAGGAGUUUGUUAGUGAGUUUGCUUUUCCUUUCUUUUUUUUUUCUCUCCCCUCCAUACAGUUUGCGCACCGAAUCAUGACAAAUUAGAGUACUAGCUUAUACUAUUAGAUUUACAACCAGAC